CAAUCAAAUGUCACGGUACGGCAAAUGCGCGCGUUACCGGAAAUCCAACGGUUUGUUUACAAACAGACACUUCAAUGGCUUCCGUAAUGGACGUUGAAUUGCCGGCUCGUUAUUUUUUCAGUGACGCGGUUGAUUUUUACCACGAGUUUCACGGCGAAUGUGAAGACUGUGGACGUAUAGUUCCAGAGUGGUCGCUGUUGCAAUGUCAGUAUGGCUUUUGUGGGAAAUUUUUCUGCCAAAACUGUGGAUUUCGUUGUCGAAGAUGUGGCGACCAUGAAGUCCGCGCAGUUUCUGUUUGCUCGUCUCACGCGAGGCUCGUUUACCCACCUUGCGAUGGAUGUAAGAAACAAUUCUGUGAUGUAUGUUCCCAAAUAUCUGUGACACAGUGCAAAUCCUGUCUGAAGCAUUUCUGCUCCAAGUGCCAAAAUCAAGAAAACGAGAACAUUGUCAAGAGUGGAACAUGUGACCAGUGCGAUAUUAAAGUACUCCGCACCCUGCAAGAGAUUUGCCGCAGCAAUAUCAGGCACACAAUCAAGGGAGCCAUUGGAGUUGCUGGGUCCUCUGCUGACGUGUUACAAUCAAGAGAUAUUGACCAAAAUGUGCAACAUCUUCCCCUCCCUGGUCCUGUGAAGAACUAUGUAUGCUAUAAAUAAGAUCUACCCUCCCCGCCCCCACCACUCCCCUGCCCUGCUCAAAUGAAUGGCAGAGGAAAAAUGCAAAUUGACACAAAUUAGGGACAAAAAAAAAUUCUCAAGUUAAGCAUUUGUGAUAACUGAAAAGCACAAAUGUUUGAGAUCCAAAGAUUCUCAGAUGAUAGGUACUGGUGAAACGAUGUUAAAUUUUCAACAUCAGAUAGUGUGACUUGAGUUAUUAACAGUAAGACUGAUAGAAAUUUAGAAUUUUGAACUGAAAAAUGUAAAAUAAUUAAUGUUGACAUAUUUCUCAACUAAUUGUGUUUUUAGAACUAGAAUGCAGUUAGGUAUACUAACUGAGUUCAAGUUGGUUGAAUCAAAGUAAGAGUAAAAUUUUCCAUUAAAUAAUAUAUGAAUUUAUUUCAUCCAGGAUGUUAUUUUUUUCCUCCAGUAACUGAGUUCUGUUCAGCUAUGCAGAAAUAUACCACCCUGCAUGCUAUAUUGUUGUACUUUGGAAAGCAUCAUUUAUUUGCCAGCAAACUACAGAAACAAUAAUUGUAGAUAGAUUGUUGUAGCAUAGUACCAUGUGAAAAAAGUGUCAGAGUGACAGUUGAAAAUAAAGUAACUACAUUCAGCUGUUCAAGUCAUGGUGUAUUACUGUAGAAUUCAUUUGCACAAUAAUCGUGGCAUUGAGCACAUCCCAAAAUGUUUCCCCACCCCUCUUUAUUUGCAUCAUAGAUUAAAACAAGAACAUGAGAAAGACAAGGUUGCAACAUUUCCUCAUUUCUCUGGAGUUUUGAAAGAACAUUUAGAAACAAAUGAAGAAACAAACAGUUUAUUGAAUUAAAAAAGCUUGAAAAUUUUUGAAAGAAACUAAUAAGUGUGCAUACAUUUACACAAUGCGAAAUUAACAAUUUGACCACACAAAUUCUCUAAAGUGUGAAGUUUAAUACUAAGAUAUAAUUGGAAUCAUUAUUUGAAGAAUUCUACUAAAACAAUUAGAUUAUUCACUCACGAUUUCUAUGAGGCGAUAGUUGAUUCGG